CAUCAUCAUCCUUUCUUACUUUUUCACCCACCAUCCACCAUCCAUUCAACUUUCCCUCUCAUCAAUACUACUAACUUUAUUGGGUUUCCAUCUUUCAUACUUAUUUUACAUAUUUGAUUUCCCAUCCCUUUUAUUCUCGUUCUUUUUCUCUCAUUCCCACACAACAUCUCGUUCUUACAAUGACGGUCAGCCUCGAAACCGCUAGGCCUAUUGAGGAAGCCCCAAAGCAACUCUCAGUUGACACUGCCUCCACCAACCCCUCUUCUUCGCCUGACCAUAUAAUAUCGCCGGUAUCCUCUCCCCUCUCUAAUAAGGCUGUUGCCCUGGCUGUCGACAAAUUCAAGGGCUUGAAGACAAAGUCGCCAACACGCACAGAGUUUCCUUCUAUUCACCAGCCUGAGCAACAUUUUCAAUCUCAUCAUGAAGAGACGGACCAUCCUUCACCUGUGGAUAAUAAUGACUUUGAUAUCAAAAGGCCAACGACGUGGUUUCUUAAUGGAUACCGAAAGAGUCUUGACCAACGAAAUUCGGGUGUCCCGACUAAUUCUCCCACUGCAGGUGUUGAAGCUUUGACAGACGAAGACAGGCGUAUGAUGCAUAUCAAGACCGUAUUCAACAAACUAUUCAAACGCAAGAAAGACAAGAAGGGCAAAGACACUGACCAGAUUGCUCUUGACGCCGAAGAAUUACAACUCUGGAGGAAUAUCGCCCCCUUGGUUCACCAACCGUCUGCAGUUUUCAUGGGACUCUCGUUUAUUAGUGAAGACAAAGGAAGUGCAUUGAGUGGCAGGAGCGAUGUUGAUUGGAAUAUGAAUGUGAUUCUUGCCCUUGUAAAGGUCGUCAUUCUACCAUAUACUUAUACUUCCAAGGAUACCAAAAUUAGAAACAGGGAAAAGAAGGAAAGUAAGGCGCCUAAGGACAAGCUUUCUGCCAAAGAAAAAGAGGAGAAAGAUGCUAAAGAACAGAAACGGUUCCUAGUCAUCAAGGUUCAAUACGGAGACUUUUUACCCAGCUGGUUGAUUGAGCGCAGCCUUGACGAUUUUGUAAAUCUUUACGAAUCAUAUCACCCUCCAAUCCCAGAGACUCCUCUCUUAUCUAAAUCAAUUAAAGUACCUAAACCCCCAGCUUGUAUCCGCUCUCGCUUCAGAAUUAGUAGCAGUAGCAGCAAAUCUGCAGCGGCUUUGGCGGACGGCACGGAUGCGGUUGAUCCAGCGGAUGGAAGCGAUCCGACAGCUGAGGAUGGGGGUUUAGUUGAUGCUUUUGAUCCAAAGUCGGCACGCAAAUUGACACGUGAGCUGCAGACAUUCCUUCAAGACAUGAUCCGAUAUGCAAUGUAUCUUCCAGAUGCGGAGCGAAUGUGUAAUUUCUUGGAGCUUUCUGCAUUGACCUUGGCCCAUGUCCCUGAUGGAGGUUAUCAAGGCAAAGAGGGUUACUUAACCGUAUUGAAGCAAAAGCGACUGAUGGAUGAAGGCCCAUUGACUAAUGCCGUCAAGAAAGUCUACCGUAAACCUGUUUCAAAGUAUUUUGUAGUCCGCGAUUCGUUCAUUAUCGUUGCUAUGAGCCAUAAGAAUACUGAGAUUCAGGACGUCAUUUUACUAGACUCAUCUUUUAAGGCCGCUAAAUCUCCUCGCCAUCUCCAUGCACCCCACACGUUCGAUAUCAUUAACUCGGAACUAAAGUUUCAUGUCAUGGCUAAAUCUGACCAUCGACGACGUCAGUUCAUUGAUAGUAUCCGUAAGAUGCCGGCUCUGUGGAAAGAACCAAAGCGAUUUAACAGUUUUGCGCCUGUACGGAAGAACGUCAGUGCUCAGUGGUUGGUAGAUGGCCGUGAUUACUUUUGGAAUGUCAGUAAGGCGCUUGACAUGGCCAGAGAAAGCAUCUACAUUCUGGACUGGAUGCUCUCACCCGAAAUUCUGCUCCGUCGUCUGCAGCAUGAUGGAAUGGAGUGGUGUCUGAAGGACCUCCUGGGUCGUAAGGCCAAGGAAGGUGUGAAGAUUUACAUUGUCAUGUAUAGUGAGGUAGACGCGGCAUUACAUCUUGCCUCGCUACGAGCCAAGAGACUCCUUCGCAAGAUAUGUCCGGAGAACAUUCUAAUUCAGCGUCAUGGACCUAAUUUAAAGACUGCUUGGUGGGCACAUCAUGAAAAACUUAUUGUAGUCGAUAACAUGAUCGCUUUUAUCGGAGGACUUGAUUUAUGCUUCGGUCGUUGGGAUACUGCAGAACACACACUGACUGACCUCAAUGAAAGUGAGCUAGGACACUGCUGGCCAGGCCAAGACUAUUCUAAUCCUCGCAUCAAGGAUUUUUGUGAUCUCUCAAAGCCUGAAGUGGAUAUGAUUGAUCGCUCUGAGAACCCCCGCAUGCCCUGGCACGAUGUUGGUCUUCAGAUAUUAGGUCAGCCCGCUAGAGAUGUGGCUCGUCAUUUUAUACAACGAUGGAACUUUUUGUGCAGGACCAAGCCCAAGCAAAAGAAGAUUCCUUUCUUGUUGCCAAAACCAGACAUUCCAUUGUCAAAACUUAAGGAGAUGGGUUUGGAGGGUACAUGUGAACUCCAAAUCUUACGGUCUGUGUCAUCCUGGUCCAUGGGCCUCAAAGAUCCUGAGUGUAGUAUUUUGACUGCGUAUAUUGCUGCCAUUGAGCGUGCAGAGCACUUUAUUUACAUUGAGAACCAAUUCUUUAUCACUUCAACUAAUGUUAACAAGACCAUUGUCCAUAACGGUAUCGGUCGCGCUUUAACAGACAGGAUCAUCAGGGCUCAUAAGGCUAACGAAAAGUUCCGUGUGAUCGUGGUGCUACCUCUUGUGCCUGGAUUUGAAGGGGGUAUCAACACUCCUGCAGCUACAUCGGUGCGCAUGGUUAUGUUGAGUAUCUAUGAGACGAUUUGCCACGGCAAGAACUCCAUCUACGGGCGUCUAGCCACUGCUGGUGUAGUCAAGCCCCACAAGUACAUUUCAUUUUAUGGGCUUCGAAAUUGGGCCAAGAUCGGAGAGAAGUUUAUUACGGAACAAGUUUAUAUCCAUGCCAAAAUGAUGAUUGUGGACGAUCGCAUCGCCAUCAUUGGUUCUGCCAACAUUAAUGAGCGUUCGAUGCUGGGCAAUCGUGACUCUGAGAUUGCCGCGGUGGUACGAGACUUAGAUUACAUUGACUCUACUAUGAACGGUAUUCCAUACAAGGUGUCUCGAUUUGCACACACGUUGCGCAUGAACCUGAUGAUGGAGCAUCUAGGCCUUCCAGUGGGCCAUGGCCAUGAUCAUGAUCAUGACCAAACGGUUAGUCAAUUGAGAGAUGCGCCGUUUACAGAGCUUGAUUUUGUGGACCCGGUGCAUCCUGCGUUCUAUGACGAUAUCUGGAAACACUAUGCAGAAGCCAACACUGUUAUUUUCCGAGAGAUGUUCAAAUGUAUUCCAGAUAGUACAGUCAGGUCGUGGUCACAAUACAUGAAGUUUAAUGCAGAAUCAAACGUGGAUGACCCUCGCAUGAAGGAGGAGAGGACGCUCAAAGAUAAAGCCAUGGACAAGAUUUUAGGGCCGGCUAUGGCUGAGCAUUUCAAGCAUACAGGGGAUAAUAGCGAUGAAGAAGACGAGGAAAACGAUCUGAACAAAGGAGUAACGAGCAAUCUAGGCCGACGUCUUCGCAGCCAUGGGGAGAAGCACAGCGUUGCAGACAAGGCAGCUGCUAGAAAGGCGCUGGCAGAAGAUGAUUCUGGUGAUGAUGAGGACCCAGUCCGAGAUAGAGUCAAGGAUGAGUACAUUAUUCAACAUGACUUUUCAAGCGAGGAUCUCCGAAAGCAGCGCAAGAGCAAUAACAGUAGCCAAAAACGCCAUGCAAAUAGGCGUGAUAACAACAAUGAUAUGCAAAGCUUGUCUCAAUCUGCGAAGGAGCUACGCACAAACGAGGAGAUGACGCCUCAAGACAAAGCCAUUGAAAAGGAGUUAGAGGAGGAUGAGCGACUGGUCAGUCACGAUAAGCAGAAAGAGAAGAUGGGAGAGCAAUCUCCUCAGGAGACCGAGGCUUUAUCCGCUCAACGCCAGAGGAACGCUGUUAAACGUACUGCCAGUGCAAUGGCGAAGUCCAAAGAUGUGAGGAUGGCGAUGGAAAAUGAUUUGAGCAAAGUGCGGGGUCAUCUUGUUGAGUGGCCUCUCGAUUUUUUGAGAGAUGAGAUUGAAAAUCACAACUUUUGCUAUCCAAAGGAUUACAAUCAUCCCAUCGAUCUUUACACGUGAAAAAAUAUACCCAAUAUUUAACGUAUUUGAUUAAUGGAAUAACUUAUUCUAUGAAGUAAUAAAACGAUGUCUAUGAAUGUGAUCUC